AUGACAAAUGUUUCCUAUAUAACUCUAGUUGGGUAUGUGGCAAUGGACACUUACAGGUAUAUGUAUUUUGCUGUUAUGAUCACAGUUUAUGUUGUAAUAAUCUGUAGUAAUUUUAUUAUUAUUUAUAUUAUCUGGACAAAUAAGAACCUCCAUGAGCCCAUGUACAUUUUCAUUGCUGCUUUGUCAUUUAACUGUGUUCUUUACAGCACAACUAUUUACCCUAAACUCCUGAUAGACUUUUUAUCUGACAAACAGAUCAUUUCAUAUUCUGCCUGCCUGUUCCAGUUUUUUAUGUUUUAUACGGUAGGUUGUGCAGAGUUUUUGCUCUUGGCAGCCAUGGCUUUUGACAGGUAUGUGUCGAUUUGUAAACCUCUGAAUUAUUCAACUAUCAUGAGUAAAACUACAGUCAGUACUUUUCUGAUAGUAGCUUGGUCCUUUUCAGCUUGUCAUAUUGCAGUACAGGCAAUACUAAGUGCUAAAGCUGAGAUGUGUGAGCUAAGGCUAAAGGGAAUCAUUUGCAAUAAUGUCAUUUACACACUUCAGUGUGUGAAAUCAAAACCACUUACUUUAUUUGGAGUUGUUGCUUUAUUGAAUCUUGUGAUACUUCCAGUGCUCUUUACGGUUUUUACAUAUACAAACAUAUUUAUAAGUUCCUAUCAAAGUUGUAAAGAAUUCAGGAAAAAAACUGCUGAGACCUGCACACCUCACCUGUUGGUUUUAAUAGGCUACUUCAGUUUGAUGGUUUAUGAUGUCAUUAUUGCUCGAGUGGAGUCUGAUAUUCCCCAAACAGCUCGCUUUAUUAUGACUCUGCAAAUAUUUUUAUACCAUCCUUUGUUUAAUCCGUUUAUUUAUGGACUGAAAAUGAGAGAGAUUUUUAAGCAUAUUAGAAGAUUGUUUUCAUCAAAAGUGUAA